AUGGCGAUGAUGAAAGGGCUCGCCGGAGCGGUGGUGGCAAACGAGGUGGAGGACGCACGCGGCGGAAGCGGCGGGCGCAACUCCAUGACGACCUCCCUCUCGCUCGGCUACGGCUCGACAGAGAUCACGUACGUAGCCGAGCGAGAGAUCACGUACACCUUCCUGCUCACCAAGCAGGGCCUCGGCCCGCCUCGGCCGCGCGAGGGCAUCUACACCACGCUGGUGCUGUCGCACCCGGAGUCCGGUGCUGCGGUCGUCGCGGCGAUGCAGAAGCUCUGCGACGCGGCCCUUGCCGAGUACAACACCGCCCGCCCGGGCAAGAUCGCCCUCCUCUCCUUCAACGCCAAAGUCAACAGCUGGCACCGCGACCGGAUGCUCAUCAAGCGCCCGCUCGAGAGCGUCAUCCUGCCCGCCUCGUGCGACAAGGUGGUCGAGGAGGUGCGCGAGUUCCUCGACGCAGAGACGCGCCGCUGGUAUCUGGAGCACGGCAUCCCGUACAAGCGCACCUUCCUCCUGUACGGCCCUCCCGGCUGCGGCAAGUCGUCCCUCAUCCGCGCGGUCGCCUCCGAGUUCGACUGCUCGGUCUGCAUGGUCUCCCUCGCCGACCGCGGCCUGCAGGACACCGGCCUGCGUACUGCGAUGGCCACGGCGCCGGCCAAGGCGCUGAUUGCCUUUGAGGACGUCGACGCGUUAUUCGGCCACCACCGCGAGCGCGGCGAGGCGGCCAACAACGUCACCUUCUCCGGCCUGCUCAACGCGCUCGACGGCGUGUCCGACCCGAGCGGAACGAUCAUUUUCCUCACCACAAACCACAAGGACCGCCUCGACCCCGCGCUGAUCCGGCAGGGCCGGUGCGACGUGGAGCUGACGUUUGCGGUGGACGAGCAGCUCGCAAAGUGCUUCUCCCGCUUCUACCAUUCGGCGACGGCCGCCGACACCGACCGGUUCGUCGCAAACGUGCGCGCCAAGGCGGGCGGGUCGCGCGUGACGAUGGCGCAGCUGCAGGAACACUUUGUGCAGCACCGGAAGAGCACGCUGGCGGAGGCGGUCAAGGACAUCCGCCUCGGCGGGCAGGGCUCGGACUCCGCGAUGCAGAGCAGCGCCAGCAUCUACUCCUGA